AUGGGAGCACAAGUCUACUGCUCCACGGCUCUGGCCGCCGCCGGCGUCGUGCUGCUCGCGAUCUGCACGUACUACCUGCUCGUCGUCGGCCGUCGCGGGCAGCGCAGCAAGCAGCCGAAGGGGUACGCGCCCGUGGUGGGCACGGUGUUCCACCAGCUGUACCACGUCCGCCGGCUGCACGACUACCACACGGACCUGUUCCGCCAGCGCAAGACCUUCCAGCUGCUGGUGCCGGCCGGCCGCCGGCAGAUUUACACGUGCGACCCCGCCGUGGUCAAGCACAUCCUUAGGACCAACUUCGCCAACUACGGCAAGGGCACCUUCAACUACGAGAACACGUCUGACUUGCUCGGCGACGGCCUCUUCGCCGUGGACGGCGACAAGUGGAGGCAGCAGCGGAAGAUCGCCAGCUACGACUUCUCCACGAGGGCGCUCCGUGACUUCAGCGGCGCCGUCUUCAAGCGGAACGCCGCCAGGUUGGCCGGCAUUGUCUCCGGAAACGCCGCGUCCGGGAAGCCCAUGGAGUUCCAGGGCCUCGCGCUCCGCGCGACCAUGGACUCCAUCUUCACCAUCGCCUUCGGCCUGGACCUCGACACGCUGGCGGGCGUUUCAUCGGGCGAGGGGAGGAGCCGCUUCGCCGCGGCGCUCGACGACGCCAGCGAGCUCACGCUGCUGCGCUACGUCAACGCGUUCUGGAAGGCGCAGAGGUUCCUCGGCGUCGGAUCCGAGGCCAAGCUCAGGCAGCGGGUCAAGUUCAUCGACGAGUUCGUGUACAAGUGCAUCCGCGACAGGGCCCAGGAGCUCUCUGAUCGCGAGGCGACCGGGGACGCUGAUUCGAGGCAGGACAUGCUGUCCAGGUUCAUCCGAAAGGCGACGAACGAAUCCGGGACAGUGGACUACAAGUACCUGAGGGACAUCAUACUGAACAUAGUCAUCGCCGGCAAGGACACGACGGCGGGUGCGCUGACCUGGUUCCUCUACAUGGCGUGCAAGCACCCGGAGAUCCAGGAGAAGAUCUGUCAAGAUGCAAGAAACGUGAGCAACGCCGGCGAGACGAAAACCGUGGAGGAGUUCGCGCAGAGCCUGACCGAUGUGGCCCUGAACAAGAUGCACUACCUGCACGCCGCCCUGACCGAGACGCUCAGGCUGUACCCGUCUGUUCCUAUGGAUAACAAGCAGUGCUUCGGAGACGAUGUCUUGCCUGACGGUUGUAGCGUCAGCAAGGGCGACAUCGUGUUCUACGUCCCCUACGCCAUGGGCCGGAUGGAGUACCUCUGGGGCAAAGACGCUGAGGUCUUCAGGCCGGAACGGUGGCUGGAUCAGAAUGGCGAAUUCCAGCAGGAAAGCCCCUUCAAAUUCACAGCUUUCCAGGCUGGUCCGAGGAUAUGCCUGGGAAAGGAGUUCGCGUACCGGCAGAUGAAGAUCUUCGCGGCCGUGCUUUUCCGCUUCUUCGUGUUCCGGCUGCGCGACGGCGAGAAGGCGACCGUCAACUACCGGACCAUGAUCACGCUCCACAUCGACGAGGGUCUGCAUCUGACAGCGACGGCGAGAUGAGGUCCAUCGCGCGCCUGGGCAAGAGUGGGCACGUAGCCGCCGGUGCCUGCAGCUAAGCUAGCGACAGGUCCUUGACUCCUUGUACAUACUAUGCAAGAAACGAAAACGAGCAGUGAUAGUUGGCAACCACUUUGGAUACUGCAUCUUGUUGAUAGCAUGCCAUGGAAUAAGUUGCGCCGCUAGUGGAAUUGCAGUCAGUGUCGCGGCGGUGAGCAGAGGUUGGUGUUCCACGGCAUGCGCCUGGUCCAGUCACAAUAAGCGAGAACGAGCAGACAGUGGUUAUGGGUCAUGAUCAUGACAAAUUUGUGAGCAAGACUGAGACUGAAAUAGCUAAUAUUAGAGUAGAGGAGCAAGACAAGCAAGAACUUGCAGUGUCCUGUCCACCUACAUAGGAAAUAUGUUUCUUCAAUGCCAAGUUAUUGGAGUAUUGUAUGUGCACCAUACAUGUUCAAGUAUGUUGGUUGUAAACUCUCUUAGGUCUUGUUUAGUUCAUCCCGAAAUCCAAAAAGUUUUCAAGAUUUCC